AUAAUAAAAAAAAAGCGACGCACGCGAAAUGUAAACGCUGCGAAACCGGCAUAACGUGGAUUUUACACCAAAUUUUAAAAUCACUUUGAGAUGAACUGAAAUUGGAAUUUGUAAGAUUUUUACAAUGAGUGUCAUCGACGUAAAUGCUAAAGAUGGCACUCCACCCGGACAUCACGAGUUGUCACCAGAGGAGGAAUUACGAUACUCGGAGUUGUUUGGAAAACUGGAUGUGGACGGCGAUGGACGAAUCAACGUUGAUGAUCUGCAGGAGGGUCUUGUGCGUAUGGGAGUGCAUAUGGUUCCCAAUCAUGCUGAAAAAUUCAUGUCAAAGAGCGAUCAAAAUCAAGAUGGACUUUUGGACUUUUCAGAAUUUGUUCGCUAUGUGACAGAGCACGAAAAGCAGCUUCAUCUUGUGUUUAAGAGUGUAGACCAUAACCAGGAUGGAGCAAUAGAUGUAGAUGAGAUUCUUCUUUCACUCAAGAAACUUGGUGUAUCUGUAAGCAAAGAGGAGGCAGAUAAACUUCUUAAAAGGUUAAAGGGUUGCAAAGGGUGUCGAGACCACAUCCCAAAUCAUGAUCCCAGGCAUGGGGAUUUAGAGUGUGUGUGCUAUAUGGAUAAGGAUGGAACAUUAAAAGUUGACUGGAAUGAAUGGAGAAAUUAUCUCUUACUACAUCCCAGCUCUGACCUGCGAGAUAUAUAUGCUUAUUGGAGACAUGCAACUCAUUCCUAUUAUAUUAAUUUAAAUCAAUAUUUUCAUAGACCUCUAGAUCUGGAAUGCUUUCAAAUUCCCCAAAGACUGUUCCUUGACAUUGGUGAAGAUGUGAUGGUCCCUGAUGAGUUCACUGAGCAGGAGAGACAGACUGGUAUGUGGUGGAGGAUACUAGCAGCUGGUGGAGCAGCCGGAGCGGUGUCAAGAACAGUAACAGCACCCUUAGAUAGGUUAAAAGUUAUUCUUCAGGUCAUAGGUUCUAAGAAGCCCAAUGUAGGUAUAUUAGAUGGUUUCAAGCACAUGUACCGAGAAGGUGGUUUUACAUCAUUCUGGAGAGGAAACGGUAUCAAUGUUAUCAAGAUUGCUCCUGAAUCAGCCAUCAAGUUCUUUGCAUAUGAGAGGAUAAAACGGUUAUUACACACAGAAGGCCAAGAAUUGAAAGUGUAUGAGAGGUUUGUGGCAGGAGCAUUAGCUGGAGUAGUAGCACAAACUUCGAUAUAUCCUAUGGAGGUAUUGAAGACCCGACUAGCAAUCCGCAAGACUGGGCAAUACAAGGGUAUCUUAGACUGUGCAGUACAGAUCUAUAAGAAAGAAGGUUUCCGAUGUUUCUAUCGAGGGUACAUUCCAAACUGUCUGGGUAUUAUCCCAUAUGCUGGUAUUGACCUGGCAGUAUAUGAGACGGUGAAGAAUUCCUGGAUCAGGAAUCAUCAGGAUUCACCAGUCCCAAACACUGUGGUCUUACUAGGAUGUGGUACUGUCUCAAGUACAUGUGGACAACUAGCCAGCUAUCCUCUAGCUCUCGUUAGGACGAGAUUACAAGCACAAACAUCAAAAACAACGACCAUGGGUAGUCUGUUCACAGACAUCAUCAAAUCUGAAGGCUUGAAGGGACUCUAUCGCGGAAUCACCCCAAACUUCAUGAAAGUAAUACCAGCAGUUAGUAUUGGUUACGUUGUCUACGAGAACACUAAGACUCUUUUGGGUGUCAAAGCAGUCUGAGAAAUGAGACUAACAGAAUAGGAAUUGUGCAAAGAAGUUCAGUCGACCCAUUGCUUCUUGGAGGCUGUUUGGUGAGGGUUAUUAACUUUGGGAAAGGUCUGGAUUCUUUAGUCAACGGGAGGCAAUGAGGGUUUAUUUGCUGCUGGAGGAGAGCUGUGGCUGUAGGAUUACUUUCAUAGAAGACUUGGUGAAUGUUAGGAGACAUGAAGAUUGAGGAGACUCAAUGAAGGCUUGAGAUUAAGGAGACGUUUAACGUGUGUGAUCAAGUGAAAUGACGAUGGUUUCAUACUGUCAGGAAAGCAGGAUACUGAGAGCCACUCAAGCUUUGGUUGAAUGCAAUGUAGGAGUGCUUGCCUAUUUCCACGGAGUUAUAAAUCUGAAAUCAGUACAUCAUCAAAAUAAUAGAUGACUCGUGCCAGCUGUUCCAACUGUUCAUUUUUUAAAAAGUAUUUUGUUUUGUUUUGUGUUAAUGCAUCAUAAUUUUCCUCGAAAAUACUGUUCCAAACAAAGUGAUUAUACUUCUCUAGUGUACAGCACAAUGUUCAAGUAAAAAUACUAUUCUCUCACAUGAAGUCAGUACAGCACAAUGUUCAGGUAAAAAUACUAUUCUCUCACAUGAAGUCAUUUUAUUGACUCUGAAAAUUUUUCAAAGCGAAUGUGGAGACCAUACCAUAUGUGUUUUUACUUUUUCAAGUGGGAAUUAAAAAUGCCAUUGUCAAAAGGAUGUUUUUUGUUUCAAAUCCCUUGUUUAAGUGCCCCCCCCCCCCUUUAUGCCCAGAUUCAAACAACUGAGAACUUACAAUUUAAAAAUUGCACUCAUGUUGUUUCUUUGAAGAUUGGUGAUAGGUUCUGAAAAGAAAUUAUAUGGUGAAUGAAAUAGUAAGGUGUAUUUUGCUAGAAUCUCUUUCUUUUAGAAUGUUGGUGGGGCCUUCUAAGAGGUUAUCUGAUUUGAAAUGGUAUGAACUAAUAUGAGGAAAGCUUAAAGAAAAUAGAGUCAGAAAAUGGGUUUCUUGAUUAGUCAGUACUAUGAUUUCAAAGUUCUUCUUUACGUCGAAUCCUGGGCCAUCUUACAAUGAAUUUCAAUCUGGACAUGUGUUAACCUGGGGUGUUUCACAAAGAUUUAAGUAUGACUUAGAGUCACACUUAAAUGACGCAUAUAUGCAAUGCAAGAUCUUAUUAAUUAUCAUGCAGUAGAGCGCAUCCUCUUGGCAUGAUCUGACCAAUGCAGUUUUGCCUUUUAUAACGCAUCCAACUAGGCAUUUAAAUGGGACUCAUAAGUCAUAGUUAAACCUUUGUGAAACACCCCCCAGUGCAGUUAAGUUGAUUGGCUUAAUGUAGGUGCUUACCACAACCACAAUAUUGCCCUAAAAAAUUCCCUGUUAUGGAAGUUUUGAUGGUAAACACCAUGUAUGUAGUCCUUAAAAGGACUGUUUGUUUACCUUUCUUGGUUGUGUGAUAGCUCUUUUGAAAAUUCCCCAUUAUCGGCAGUGGUUCUAAUGCAAUAUUUCCCAAGUUAUCUGAUAACCACUCUUUAGGGAUGGAUCAAAAUCAAACUGAAAUUGAUCUCAAUCUCCGUCACUAACUUACAUAAUUUGAGACCAACCUCAGUUUGUUGAUUCGCAUUUACCACAAUUCUUUUUAAGGCAAAGCCUGUUGUUCCCUAGGUACAAACAUUAGCAAUCGAUCACAAAUCUGCAUUGGUCAAUGGAGAUUGUUGUUCAACAGUCUGUUGACCAAUCGUUAUGGUUUUGCUCAAUUAAGUGCACUCUAUUUAUUUCAAAGACAUCAUUAUUUUCGACACAUGAUUAGUGCAGAAUACUGUUUGGCCUUCAGUGUUUCUAAAAUCGAGUCGUUUGUGAACAAAACACACAUGUAUGCUGGCUGUUGGCAAAAAAGUUAUAAGAAACUUCUUGGAUUUAGCAUUUGCCUCUUCAUUGAAAUGAAUGAAUGACUGAGGUGGUAAGUGGACCAGGGGCCCGUAACACAAAACUUAGCAAUGAUCGUAGGACUUUUUUCUACGAUUGGUUCCAUUGACUACAAUGUACAAUCAAUCGUGAAAAUCAAGCGUACGAUCAAUCGCUAACCUUAGUGUUACGGGACCCAGAUGUUGGUCACAAAUUUUAGAUGAGCACAAUUACUAUAUGAUGUAGCAUUAACUUAUUCUCUUUUAUUCAGGUAGUUGAACUUUUAAGAAAUAUGGGAUGUAUAUUUCAAUUAUCUUAUUUAAGAUAUAAUGUUAACUUGUAUUCCAAGAAUAUCUCUUAUAGUAGAUUAGGCAAAUAGCUGUACACUAAAUGCAUUGAAUAUAUGCAAUAUUCAGUCAGGGGUAUUAUGGUUAAGUAAUAUAAUAUGUAAGAAAAAGAUAUUGAAAUUUAUCUUGUAUGUCUCAAUGUGUAUAGAAUUAUAAUUGACUUGCAUGGAACGGAUAUACUAACAGUAAUAUUCUAUAUAUAUUUAUUUGUUGGUAUCGUCAAAACAAGUUCAGAUGUAUGUUUUUUGUUUUUGUUUUGUAUAAGCAGUAUGCAGCAACUCUCGUGUGCAUGAUAUUCAUGUAGACGGCUAUAAGGAUAUUCUGAUUCUGAUUGUGGUUAGUAGUUUCUAGCCCAAGGAAGUCUUGUACGACCCUGAUGACCUUGUGGUCAAUCUUUUAUACAUCUUUCAGUCUAUUCAGGGUACUGUUACAGAGCACCUAGCAAUUGAUCGAAGGGAUGAUUUUAUGAUUGAUCAUACACAAUAGUCAAUGCAAUCGAUUAUAAAAAUCAGACUCACAGUUAAUUGCUAAGCCUUUUUUUUGAGGGGGGGGGGGCUGUUUAAGAUUGAAGUGUGACUACCAUGAUAUGUAAUGUGCAUAACUGGGCAUUGUGGUGUGCGCCUGUAAUCCAAGCUAUGUGGGGAAGUUAAAAUUGAUGCAGAGGUUCGAGCCCUGGUCACGUCUUUCGGAUGGUGACGUUAAAGGUCGGUCCCAGACGUAAAUGAUCAUAUCUGAUUGAUACACGUCUGACAAAACUCAAAUACACACACACACACAAUCAUUUUGCUUAGUACGCGUUAGGGUGCGUCCUCUUCGCAUAAUUUGACCAAUGCAGUUAUGCCUUUUAUUCGGCACACAAUUGGACGACUCUAUGAACUCUGUGAUUUUAAAAACAUAAACAAACACCGUCUUCAACAUUUUCUGCCCCUUCCAUCUCCCUCUUUCUCCAUCUCUCCUGACCCCCCCCCUCCAGAUCCUCUCCACCCUUCUCUUUCCUUUCACCUUUUUCUUGUUCCAUUCUCUCUUUAUUAGCAGCCUCCCCUAUUAGUAUUCUCUUGGAAAGAGAUUUCGAAAAAAUAAUAGACUCCAGUUUUGAGAUAUAGCUGCGAUAUUGUUUUAGCUUGAUAGCUGGAACUGGGAUGAAUUGUGUACAUGGUUAUUGUGAAUCAACAACCAAUGUCACUACUUCUCAUAUGUUGACACUUUUUCAAGGUUCAUGUUAUUCUUUAUUCUUUGUUUUUAUAUCAAAUUGAAUACAAGUACCUUUCUUUAAUGAUUAUUUGCUAUCACAAAGUCUGGGUUUGAAUACUUCUUAACUUACCUCCCCUUUCCCUCACUUUUUCUUAAACAAAUAGAAUAUAUCCCUCAAGAACAUUUGAUUGUAUACCAGGAAUAUGUUUGUAUAAUUUUGCAUAACGUUUUUUUUUACAAAUUUUCAUGUUUUCUACAAAUGAGUUACAUUUCAUAGCAAUACAAUACAUGUCUUUUCAA